AUGUCCGGGCUGCGGCGCGCUCUGCUGGGGCUCGGCCUGCUGGUCUCCUCCUCCUCCUCCUCCUGCUCCUGCUCCCGGGGCUGGAGGCUGGCGAAGGCGGCUCGCGCCAGCUCCUGCCCGGCCGGGCUCCGGCCGCCCUCGCGCGCCGCGCCUGCAGGGGGGGCCGCGGCCAUGCAGACGGCGGCGGCCGCACAAGGGGUCAAGUACCUCGGCCAGAAGGAAGCCCAAGCCAUUGAUCAGGAACUGUUUGAGGAAUAUAAGUUCAGCAUCGACCAGCUGAUGGAACUGGCCGGUUUGAGUUGUGCCACUGCCAUUGCCAAGGCCUACCCUGCCAGCUCCUUCACGGUCAGCCAGCCAGCUGUGUUGAUUUUAUGCGGCCCCGGAAAUAAUGGCGGAGAUGGGCUGGUUUGUGCCCGGCACCUCAAAAUGUUUGGUUAUGAGCCAACGGUGUACUAUCCCAAACGCCCCAAAAAACCACUCUUUGAAGGCUUAACCACCCAGUGCCAGAAGAUGGAAAUCCCUUUUCUCUCGGAGUUCCAAUCGGACGCUGAGCUGAUUGACGAGGUCUACAGUCUGGUGGUGGAUGCCAUUUUUGGGUUCAGCUUCCAAGGGGCUGUGCGGGAACCCUUCGGUACCAUCUUGGAUACUUUGGAGAAGGUCACUAUUCCCAUCGCGAGCAUUGAUAUCCCGUCUGGGUGGGACGUGGAGAAGGGCAAGCCUGACGGUAUCCAGCCGGACAUGCUGAUCUCUCUCACUGCACCAAAGAAAGCCGCCAAGCACUUCGCUGGCCGCUACCAUUUUCUUGGCGGCAGGUUCGUGCCCUUAGCGCUGCAGAAGAAGUAUGCGCUGAACCUCCCCGCGUACCCAGAUUCGGACUGUGUUCUGCGGCUGACUUAGUGGACCGGGGGAUGGGGAGCUAUGGGGAUUAGAGAUCC